CAAGAGGAGGAAGAUUUGGAAUACUAUGCAACUUUGAAAGAGAAGGAGGAGGAUUGGUUUGCAGAAUCUCAAACUUAUUUCCAGAAAUUGAAAUGGUAUGUAAGACCAAGCAAGAAAGUUAUCUAUUUGAUACUUUCGAUUCACACCCUAUCAUUCACAAUUUUGAUGGGCCCGUUAAUGAUGUUGAUGCUGGAUAAUAUCUGUACUUCUCAUAUGAAAAAAGUUUUCCCCAAACCAACUUGUCAUCAUGGUGGCCACAUGAAUAUGGCAGCAAACCAUACAAAGAGAAUGGAUAUGGAUAAUGGGCCUUCAACCUUACAUACAGAUGGUCCUACAUACCAAUGCAAAUACGAAGAUGCACAAAAAGUAUUAUCUAAUGUUCAAAGUACAUUAUCUGUUAUUUCUGGAGUUUUGGGAUUCACAUUAUCUGGGAAAUUUGGCCAAUUUAGUGAUCGUUUUGGUAGAGUUUUUGUUUUUAAAAUUUUUGCUGUUAUUAACUUGCUUCACACUGUUGGAUUAUUGAUGUAUUUUAUGUUAAACGAGAAGACUUUUAAUAGUGCAUUUCUAAUUUCGGUUUCUUCAGUUGGCUAUUUUUCUGGUGGGAUCAUGACCUUACUUGCAAAUGGUAAUAGUUAUUUGAAUGACAUUGUUUUAUCAAGAGAAAGGACCUUUUCUAUUAGUUUACUCAUGAGCUUUGUGUAUGCAAUGCUGGGUGUGGGUCCACUACUAGGUUCAUUCUUGGUUAAGUUGACACAUGGUAGCAAUUUAGCUCCUUUAGUUGCAUCUUUGGUGUUUGGGAUCAUUAGCGCUAUAUUGAUAUUUACGAUCAUGGUUGAAACAAGACACCCCGUGGCUAGAAAAUUAGCACAAGAAAGGUACGAGAUUAAAAACAACAGACACAUGAAUCAUAGCCAUAAUGUAAUUCUGAGAAUUUUGAUGGUCCAAUAUGAUUGUAUUUUAAGUUUUUUCAGACCAAUGAAAAGGUUAUGGAUCCCCAAAACUAUUAGGCAUGGGUCCACAAUUCCAAGAUACAAUGUCAUUACUUUGAUACUGGUGGAUGUGUUCAAUAUGGCUUCAACAGUAGGAACCUUUCAUGUUGUUAUUUUGUACUGCAUGCUUAAAUACAAAUGGUCAAGUGUUGAAAUUGGUUAUUAUAUGAGUAUGGGUGGAUUUGGAAGGGCAGCUGUUCUGUUAUUUAUCGCACCAGUGUUUUUAAAGAUUCUCGAAAAAAAAUUUGGGUACAAAAUAAUUACCAGCUCUGUCGAUAAACUUGAUAAAACUUCAAUUAUGGUUUCCCUCAUUUUUGUCUUUCUUUCUAGUUUGUCUAUUUUCAUUUUUGAUAGUUCAUUGGGUGUUUAUUUGAGCAGUGUCUUACAGAGUUUAAGUGGAUUAGUUUCUCCAACUAUACAAUCAUCAGUCAUCAAGUAUAGCAACAAAACUGAAGCUGGUGAAAUGUUUGGAGCUAUGGCUUUGGUGAGACAUUUAGCUAUGUUGAUAAUGCCAGUGCUCUUCUUACAGAUUUAUUCUCGCACAGUUGAUAUCAAUCCACUGAUCUUUAACUUUAUUACUUGUGUUGGCUCAGUUUUGACUAUAAUUUUAGCAGCCGUUGUGUUGAGGGUUUAUGAAGAGCAAUUGGAAGAG